UGUCACAAGAUGGCGGAGAGUACGGAACUGAAGAUUACGAGCACAUCCCGCCUCGGAUCUUAAACAGAGAUUCCAUUAACGCCAACGCCUUGAAUACAGCCCCACACCAGCCAGCUCCCACUGACAUUACAUGAAGUUAAGCAAUCAGACCGCUAUAUCUUAUAUAAACGGGCUCUGUCUAUUCCCUGGAACUUGGCAUACCACUCGUUCUAUAGGUAGCGUUGUUUUUGUUUGGUUUGUUUGAAUUCAUGACGGGAAAUUAUCAUACUUAAAACUAUGUUGGCCAGCAGAAAUAUUUGUUGGUAUUUAUUGGAAGAUUAAGUGGAACAUUUUUAUGUUUUUGUAAUUUGCCCGCCAUCAAUCGGCUAGCUAGCAUAGCUGUCUUGUGUCAUCUCCUGCCAAUUUAGUGUUUGUUGCAGCAUAAUCCGUGUUGUAUAGACUCCUCACUAUGUUUGAUAAUCUUUCGGUAAAUGUUUAAUUUGUAAUAUUGACAACACUCUUGCGCGCACGAUUUUCAGAUGUGUUGUGACGGCAUGCAUAGGUUACAUAUGAUAACGUUGCGAAAAAAGUGCUCCUUAAUUAAAAUCCAACAAUUUCUUGACUUUACCUGAAUUUCACAUGCAAGUUUUCAGACGGUGUAGUCAUGUGGUUCAUAAUGACUCUCUUGAUAACACACGUCCGUGGUAUAAAAUUACUAACAUUAAGCACUUUGAAAACAUUAUCAGGCAAGGUCAUCUAGGCAAAUUGCGAAACCAAAUGUAAUCCAUAUUAGAAUUUUAUUCUGUAGUAGAACGUAAAAUAACUUUUAGACUGAAGUGAAGUUCUGUUUCUCCUACAGACAACCAUAGCUUAAUGUUAAUAGCAACGUGACAAGUGGCUGCCGUCUUUGUGGAAUUUUCUAAAAAACAAAACAAAACAUGGAAUGAGCAGCAAAUCCUUCAUGACAAAUCGAUUCACGAAAAAACAAUUGAUGACUAAAGUACAUGACCCGUUCUACUGCCCAAGCAACUCUUCUCACUAAUAAUUUUCCGUUUGUGCUUUUUAAGUAGAGUUUUUGGAGCAAGUAACGUUGUUCUAAAUGUCACAGUAAUUUUGACUCGUCAACUUGGAGAACCUCUGGGAAUUUCGGCCCUUAACCAUCCUAUUGUUGGAUAUUUUAACUGAAAUUUAUCAGCUAAUCAGAGGCAGGGUGAAGUAGCAGACGAAACGAAAGGAUAAGGGAGAUAUGUUGAAAAAUAAUGACGUUGUACUGUUUUUUGACCUGAUUUUCUAGGGCGUUAACGCACAAAAAUGUUUUACUGACAAAAAAAUAAAUACAAUUCUCUGGAAUCCAUCAACCGAUUUUCAAUAUUCCGGGUGCGUUGAACUCAGGUUGAAGUGUCAUUUUUGACAGACUGUAGUUUUUGGGAAAUCGUGUCAGAUUGCUAAUGUUAACUCUGAAGGUUGCAGCGUUCCUUUAAGUAAACCACAAUGUUAUGCUCAGUACAGAUUGUUUGAACUCAUGUCCCAGUCUCCUCUUGUAAUCGUGAAACUGUGUGUUGCAUGUGGUGAUGCUUUAUGACUAAAAGCUUUGAAAAAGUAGAUAACCUCUUAAGAAAAAAAACAUCUGUAUCUUGUUUUGGCUAAUUUCAGAGUGGCGUUUUUGUUCCUGUGUGAAUAAUGAAAAGCCUGCAAAAAGAAGCUUUCACUGUGAUAGGAGGAAAAAAGCCAAAACAUUCAUUUUCUUUAUUUAAAUGACUGUACACUGACAGAUUUUAAUGACCGUUAAUCAGUCAAACAAGUAGCUCUUUCUUCUCAGCAAGCGUAGGAGAAUGCGUUCCAUAACUUGACUCUUCCUUUUCCACCAGCAAAUGGUAAUGAGCCUUCGAGUUUCAGAGCUGCAAGUCUUGUUGGGUUUUGCUGGGCGGAAUAAGCACGGGCGUAAACACGAACUUUUGACCAAAGCGCUGCACCUAGUAAAGGCUGGUUGCAGCCCCGCCAUGCAGAUGAAGAUUAAAGAGCUAUACAGACGGCGAUUCCCAACUAAGAUGGUUUCGCCGGUGGACCUUGCAAUGCCCGGCGUCCAUUCUGCCUCCAGCCUUCCCGCGGGCCUCUUUGACAGCCAUGGUUCCCCUUCGCCACUGUUGCCUGUUUCACUGCUCGGGCCAAAGCACGAGCUCAGUCUGCCUCACCUGCCCUCCACCCUGCACCCCGUUCACCCCGACGUCAAACUUCAGAGAUUGCCGUUUUACGACGUGCUUGACGAGCUUAUAAAACCCACCAGUCUGACCUCCGACAACAGUCAGCGGUUCCAGGAAGCUUGUUAUGCCUUCGCUUUAACACCACUACAAGUUCAACAGAUCAGCAGCUCCAUGGACAUAUCGGGGACCAAAUGUGACUUUGCUGUUCAAGUCCAAUUAAGGUUUUGUCUAUCAGAGACAAGCUGUCCCCAAGAAGAUCAUUUCCCUCCAAAUCUGUGUGUGAAGGUGAACGGAAAGCCCUGCAAUCUCCCUGGAUAUCUUCCUCCCACCAAAAAUGGAGUUGAACCAAAAAGACCGAGUCGCCCCAUAAACAUAACCUCCCUUGUGCGACUGUCCACAACAGUCCCCAACACAAUUGUUGUGUCAUGGACUUCAGAAAUUGGGAGGAGUUUUUCCAUGGCUGUUUAUUUGGUAAUGCAGCAGUCCUCUGCGGUGUUGUUGCAAAGACUACGAGCCAGAGGAAUUAGGAACCCCGACCACUCGAGAGCGCUGAUCAAAGAGAAAUUGACAGCUGAUCCAGAGAGCGAGAUUGCCACCACCAGUCUACGAGUGUCUCUUCUGUGUCCUCUUGGAAAAAUGAGGCUGACAAUCGCGUGUCGAGCAUUAACAUGCUCCCACCUCCAGUGCUUUGAUGCUACGCUUUAUAUCCAAAUGAAUGAGAAGAAGCCCACAUGGGUGUGUCCAGUGUGUGACAAGAAGGCGCCAUACGAGCAUCUCAUUAUUGAUGGGUUGUUCAUGGAAAUCCUGAACAGCUGUUCUGACUGUGAUGAAAUCCAGUUUAAAGAGGAUGGAAGUUGGGCACCCAUGAGGUCAAAAAAAGAAGUGCAGGAGGUGUCAGCCUCCUACUAUGGAGUAGACAGCGAUGUGCCUAAAAUGGAAAACCACGAGCAGAAACGGGGGUCAGCCGUUGAGAACAGUAAGAAAGUGGACGUGAUUGACCUGACACUGGACAGCUCGUCGGAAGAUGAGCCGGACGAUGAGCCACCUCUUAAAAGGAGCUGUCCAUCACUGUCGCCUAUCUCUCCACCUCCAACUAAGGGAGUACUUAACCUUCACAACCAGACGUCACCAGUGACAAGAGCUCCCAGCAUGCCCCCUUUGGAGACCAGCUACAUUCCUCCACCGCCGCCACUUAUUCAGGACUACCGCCACUUUUAUCACUCAGCUAGUGAGCUGCCAGAUCUAAAUUUCUUCUCCUUCCUCCAAGGCGACAAUCAGCAUUACAAUAUGGUGAUGGCUGCUGCGGCGGCCGCGUCGGCCUCGGACGACUCGGACCUGCUCCUCAACCGCUACCUGCCCUACGGUUCGUCCCCCAUGUUGCGGGAGCCGCCGGGCACCCCGGGCAGCAGCACGCUGGUAGCCACCAACGGAGGCAGCAACAGUGGCAGCACUAGUAGUUUAGUGUCUUCCAGCAGUCUGCGGGACAAAGACCGAGAGCGCGACAGAGACAGCCACACCAUCUCAGGAUUGUCGAGAUCCUCGGUGGAGGCGGCAGCCAUUUAUGGCUCAAUAUCUGACGUCAUCUCUCUGGAUUAGAUUCUCACAAAACUGAUGCACAAGGGAGACAUUGAGACAAGAUCUUUGUAAAUACAGAAGAGAGAGAUGAAAGAAUAAUGUACUAUGUACAGAGAGGAAAAUCUAUUUUCAAUUUAAUUAUCAUGUGUAUAUGAACUUAGGACACUUCCUGUCCGGUGAGUUGCUUCAGUUCAAUAUUUUCUGUGAAUACUGAAGACUUUUUCACACCUCUUCAUGUGGUCCUUUGAUUAUAUUGUACCUUUUGUACUUGGUUUUUACAGUUUUGUUUUCGAUAUUUCAUGUCAAUGGCAUUAGUUUAUUAUAUUGUGUGCACAGAACCUUCAUGAGGUGAGACCUUAUGGAACAAUAUUCAGUAUAAAAAUAAAAUGGGCAUUGUCAUAGAUGUUCAUUCACAAGGCGAGUCAGCAAAUGAGGAAAAAGGGUAACUUUUUCUAAAUUGCACAGUUCUGUUUAAAAAAAAAAAAAGAAAACAGACAGCAGAAAGUGUUUUGCCAUCACUGUAGACAUUCAUGCCGUGGUCACAUUAUUUUAAGACUUAUUUAUGAUAUAAGUUAUGUUGGAUGUAUACUGUUGUUGGUUUUUAAAAGCAUUCCCUACGCCUCGAACUGUUGCCACUAGAAAUGCAAAGCAGAUCCUCCUGUCAUCACUUUCCUCUUUGCUUGCUAUUUUAAGUCAGAUCAAGCAGAUUCUUAUCCAGCAUAAAUUGAAGCUAAGUAUAUAUAGUCAGUAUUGUAGGAAAAUUCUUCCUCGGUGUGUGAAUGAAUGUGUUUGAGCCGGUAAGCGUCACCAUGGUCGUCUGAUAGAAAAUGGAAAUUUAGUGUUUCUUUUCCUCCUUCCAGUGCUGCUUUUAUUUAGUUUUAGAUCAAUGUCAGGGAAGUAGAAAGACUCACCACUUCCCUUUCAGCUUGAAUACAACAAAUGGAUGUGACACUUGUUGAUGUUUUAUUUGAGCACUUGCUUUCUCCAUUCAGGCUCUGCACAGAAGUCAAGCAUUGACCAGUAGCAACCACUUUGAGAGCUGUUUGCGUCUCUGAAAAUGAAAAUUCUCCCAAAGAUCACCCAUUAAAUGGCUAUUCCUCUGCUCUUUGAAGCCAUACGUUAUUUAGUGUUAUCUUUUUUCAACUUAGAAGAUAUUUGGUGACAGCUUUAUCUUCAAGACACCUUUUAGCCCAACUAUCGAAGUCAACGUGGACACCAUGUUUUUAUUCUCAACUUAUGCUUACUAUUAUUUAUUUUCAUAUAUUUUCAGCAUUUGUUUGAUUUGUGGCUAUGCAUUGCUGUCGUAUGUGAGAUUUCUUUUAUAAUGAAAUUAUUAAUGCUAUUUAAAAAAUGUCAUUGUUGCUUGACAUACAUUGUAACAUUUUCCGUUUCUCUGUCCGUUUUACCUUUCAGAUGAUGUCAAUAACUUAAUAGAGGCUUUGACCAUUUUGAACCGCUAAGAGGUCUACUGUGCUGUUUGAUAUUUAUAAGAAUUAAACAGG